GGACAACCCUGUGCAAGGGGCAUACGGACUGUCAACAUCGUACAAAUGUCAAAGUAGAAAACAAUGAUUGUUUGGCGCUUCUGCCGACAUUCAUGUGUGACUGAGAGAAUUCGUUUGUAAAUUACAGCACUGUUAGGCUAGAUAGAGAGUUAAUUUUUUUUUUUUGCUUUUUCACCACAAAAUUAUUGUGUAUUUUAUCAAAACGAAAGAACCAUGGCAGACACCACAACUGAACCAAAAUUAAUACAAUACAAAAAAUUAUGGCAAAUAGUAUCUGGUAUUCACUACUCAACGCCAACUACAACAGUCCUAGAUGAAUUGAAUGGCAUCAAAACCGAAUUGUUGAAUGGUGUUAAGCGAGAAAAGAGCAAUGCCACCAAAUCGCCAAAAAUUGAUGCCACUUUGAUACCACUGAUCGACAAACUCAAACAAUAUUUGGACGUUACUCAAGACAAAGCAUGGAAUAUAUUGCAGUGUUAUUUGAACAACGAGUACAGUGAUUCGAUAGAAAAUCUGCAGAAUUUCUUGAAAACGGAAACCAACACAGAGAAACUGUUGGACAGAAUCUGGGAUUACUAUGCGUUGGAGCGAAUGACAUUGUUGAAGAUUGUAAAGAAUUUACUCGAACAAAGUCAAUCCACGAAGCAUCCAUACGCUGAUGAAUACGAACAAAUUCUACAACACAUCGGAUUGGCGAAACUACGACAAUCGUAUAUUGAACAACUGAAAGAACUCAUCCGAGAAUUGGCACCAUUCAAAUCCAGCCACACCGAAUUGUUUAACGUGCGCAACAAAUUGGUCUCGUGGACCGAACGUAAACUCCGUGAAACAAAUGAAAUAUUACAAAUCAUUCUGUUGAUUGUCCACAGAGAUCACAUUCUGGUUGAUGAGUUUAAAAUACUAGUCGAACUGUUCAAACAGCAUGCGUUUGGUAGACAACAACCCUAUUUAGACUUAAACGGAAAUAGCUUGCACAAAGAUCUCGUUGUUAAAAUUACCUACAGUGAAGUCGUUUUGUUUGUGUCGUGCAUCGAAGAAAAUCAAUUUAUCGAUUCAAAAACCGGGAAUGAAUCGUCUAAUAUCGAAAAACUUCGUCAAAUCUCAGCCCAUUUGGAUAAAGACAUUGUGUUACUGCAUCAAAAUGCAGAGCAUGGGCCGAUUUUGUUGUCUUGGAUGUUGAUGAAUAUCCAAUUGAUUGAAUUGUGCUCGGAAAAUCCAGAAUUCCAACGAUUUCAACAGUAUGGAAUGAUGGCGACCAAACUCGGUGUGUUUGGCUAUUUACAAAAGAUGAUAAGCCAUCCGAUGUUUCGAGACCAGAGUCUGGUGGCGCUUAUCGCUUGUCGAACUGUAUACAAUUUAUUGGCGUCCAUGUGUGACAUCUUCGAUAGCGAUCAGCACAAAAAUAUAUUUGAAUUACUUUGUGAAUUGCUCAAAAAUCCAAUCAUUGCCACAUCAUUUUAUACAAAGGAAGAUGGUGCUCAGUCUUUAUUCCACACAGCCAUCGAAAAUUUCCCAGUUAACUUUGUGUCAUUGUCUAUGAUCGCACAUUCGCUAACCACAACUAGUAACGCUUCAGCUGCAUUUAUACGCAAGCAAAUUGAAAAUUUGCCAACAUACACUGAGUAUUAUAAUUCCCAACGUACGGCACUGAAACCGAGCGAUUUUAAUGAAAAUGAAUUCGUUUUGGUGCGAGACUUCAAGCCAUUCAGUCAAAAGUUGCAGUAUAUCAUACCAGCUGGAUCAGUGGCCACGGUAUCGGAUAAAUCAAAUGUAACUCAAAUACAUUUGAAAUCAUCACUCAAUUUCUUCGACGCAUUGCACCACGAAAUCAACGAAUUGCUCACCGAUUUGAUUCGUCGUCCUGAAAUCGAUCCAUUGCGCAAGAAUCGAGUGUAUUGGGGAUUAAAAUAUCUAGCCGCUGCACUUCGUCGCAUCAACGAUCCAUCGGAAAUAUCCAGCGAAAUGGUACAUCCAACCGAAAUGGUGUUUGACAUUUUCCUGAAAUUCAAAGAUGUGCCAAACCCACCAGUUGACUUGCUCGCCCAAUGCUUCAACGUUUGCACUGCCCUCGUUCCGAUGCAUCAGAGCGAAAUAUUCAAGCGUGUCAUCAACAUGGACAUUUUACCAUUCUGCACCACCGACAAACUUAACUUCCAAGAAUACGCCAACGGCGCUGGAUUUGAUACGGGCUUAGUUGGAUAUUAUUUGGUUUCAUUCGAAAAAGUCACUGGUCGUUAUGAGUUCCUCACGGCGUAUUUGACAUUUUUGAAGGCUUUUGCUACAAAGCCGCAGAUGGACUGCACCAUAUCGUUGGAAUUGCCGGGCCUGAUUUUCCUUCUACGAGAGGUAUUUCCGUAUAUUCAAAGUUGGCGCUUUGAAAAUGAGUUGGAUCGACAGCAAAUUCUGGCCCAAAUUCUGCAGCAUUUCUGUUACGUACUGAAAAUAUCAGAUGACAGUGGAGCACGAUUAAUAUUGCGAAAUACAUGUGUCUACAGCCUUUUGCAUUUGGACAGCGGUCUCACGCUCUUGAGAAUUGUUGCCUUGGGUAAUGCCUUCAUCGAAGAGGUGAUGCAGAAUGAAACGAAUUGGAUGACGACUGAACGAACCAGCUUUAAUUUGCUCGUGCAAUUAAGCAUGACGAUUUUGAUGUAUAUCUUACGACUGCGUUAUCGUUUGAAUGAGAAACCAGGAGCAAUGUCACCGCUGGAGAAUGUUAUAUACACGCAGCCAAAGCAUAUAAUCCCAGUUGUCACUGGUUAUAUGCGAAAUAUAUUCAACCGUCGCUUGCCAAUUCUGUCCUGCCGUUUGUUGCGCCGUUUUGCCAUCGAAUUUCAAAUGUCAUUAUUUGCCUGUUUGGAUAUGGUGCCAUCGCAGAUACGUACAACAUUCCUUGAACGGCUCGAUAACGUGCUAGAGUGUGACGAACUGAAAAUCGGUGUAUUGGAAUUCGUUGAAGCUUGUAUUGAAAAGCAGCCCGGCAUGACAGAGGCAUUCUUUAAAAUCAAUUACAACGAUCGAAAGACAGUGGUUGCGGGUGGAGCACCCAAGAACAAAGACAUUGGAGAGGGUGUAUUGACUUAUAUGGAGGAUUAUUUGAAUGUUGUCGGCCAGGAUGCAAAUAUCGUUGUGGAUAAUUCCAUCGACGAAAUAUCACUGUUGACCCAAAUUAUGUCACUCUUCCAUUCGCUGUGGAAAAAUAAUAUGCAACAGUUGGUGGAAAAAUUGUUGAGCAAAAAAGACUUUUGGCCAUCAAUUUUGAAUCCACUCUUCGGAAAUAUUAAACCACAGAUUCGAGUUUAUUCGCAACUAUUCAAUAUGAUCGGCUUGGAAUUGUAUCGAAUUACGGAGCCGAAGCAUUUAGAUGAGAAUUUGAAAAAGACACUCGAUCGUUUUCUCAAGCCAAACAUGUUCGUCAAUUGGGUAGAUAAUGUGCUCAAAAUUCCGAACGAAAUGGAUAUCGUCACCGAUGACACACCCGAUUGGCUAUGCCGGCUACAAAGCUUCAAAGAUUUAUUUGUUAUCAUUCUGCGACGCAAAGACCGUCAUUCCAUUGAAGUGCCGAGCGAAAGUUUACAAUACUUUGCCGAACAAUGCUUAAAACGACUCACCGAAAGGCUCAAUUAUAUCGAUGACAUGCGACCUUUCAUUAUUCUGGCUGAACUGUAUUUAAGCUUAUUGUUUAGCUACAAACACACACUCAAUGCCUCGGUACUUGAUGAUGCAACCGUUCUCCCCAGCAUUAAUUUAUUACUUAGCCAACUAGCGGCUUCUUAUCGUGAAAUGCACAUUCGAGCAAAAGAAUCGAUUUUAGCCAUAGCAUUCAGAUCGAUCGACUUGUUUGCCACCACAUUGAGUGAAAAUCCGGAAAUUAAAAUGAGUUUCGUCGAAUCGGUUACUCAAAUUUUGUGCUACGAAUUAAUGGAAACGGAAACGGAACUGAAGGCCAAGCUGAAGACAUCUGGUGGACAAGUGCAAAGCGACAAACGGUCGUUAUCAUUCGUCUUGUCGUUGAAUAUAUUCAAAGUAAUUUUGAAAGAUUUUAAUGACAAUGCAAAUAUUCAUCGCAUCGAACGUGUGUUGCAAACCGAACGAGUAUUUAAUCGCAUUUUAAGUUGUCUCCAUGUUACGCUGCCUUUGCAUUGUGCACGAAAACUGUCGUCGGAAAUGCUUGAUAUUUUGAUUGCAUUUGCCAAUAGUCGAUUUUCCAUUCAACUACUGUACUGCGAAUUGGACUACUAUUUGUGGAUGAAACUGUUGCCGCCCAAAGAACUGACUCAAGCCUCGUAUGCCGUACCAGUUGCUCCAACGAAUCCAACAUCGAAUCCAAUCACAUGGCAAUCGCACGAAUGGUGGCCAAUUUACAGCCUUGGUAUUCAAUUGGUACAUAAUUUGUUGCAGCGCCACGGUCAUUUGUUCACCAAAGAGGCAAUUGCGUUUGCCGGUGUUCAUGAAGAAUUUCUGAUGGACUCAAUGCUACUAUCAAAACAUGCACUCAACGAAACACCCAUCAGGCUCAUCAAAAACGCACUGGAAUUUGUCAGUGAACUAAUUCCAUACGAAAAACAGUGGCGACUCGAACAUCAACAGAGUAUGAUCAAUUUAAUGCGAUGUGUUCAAGUGCUUUUGGAUCAUGCGGUGUCACUGUUGUAUCGACCAAAACACUUGAAACGAUUGAUAAACAAUACAGCCGCCUUGAAGGACACCCAAAAUAUUUCGGACGAUGAUACAUUCAACGAUGAAGUCAAAGCUAUGAAUGUCUUGGUCGAAAUCGUAACCGUUUGUUCAAAAUGCUUGAUGGCAUUCAGUCCAAGUCUAUUGGAAUUGUUAACGAAUCCGGAAUUUGUGCCGGCAAAAUGGCAACCGUUGAUUGAAAUUCAAUUCAAUGCACCGAAACUAAAUGUUGGUUCCACAAUGCCACAGCUCACAUUCGGUACCAUUCUAAAUGCAGCCAUAAUUUUCACAAAGGCCUUAAAUAUCCAACAAUUCAAAUUCGAUGAGCAUCCGUUAAAUAAUAUAGCAGAGACAAAAUCAAAUGGAGCUAAUACAAUCAUAAAUCAAACGGCGCAACGACGUCGUAGCUACACAACAUCGAUAUCAGCAUUGUCCACGGUUUCAGCAACUGCAGCCGCCAUAAAUGAAUACCUUACGAAUUUGGAUUCGGAGCUUUGUUUCAUAGCGCUUGAAUUUGUUCUAACUCUGUUGGCUUCGCAGAGUUUGCUUGCAUUGAAAGAUGUGAAUUUGUCACAACGUGAGAAGCAGUUGAUCAAACGCGAACUGUCGACUGAACUCUCAGUAUUUUAUGAUUUUGUGAAGAAGCGCGUUUUACCUGAAAUGGCACGGGAUGAACCGUUGCGACGCAAAAAGUAUGGCUGCAAGUCAACGGGUUUGAGCAAAGAGCAAAUGGAAGAGAUUGGUCGACAACAGCCGUCUACGAGCCGAAAAUCGGUGAGCAAUUCCGAUCGUAUGCGAAUUAAUGUAAUGCGAAAGUUGCACCUCAAACAGAAAUCACCUAAAACAUCUGGAGCAUUUGAAAUGACUCAGCAGUACAGUCCAAUCGGGUCUUCGUUGGGUGGAUUCAGUCGAUUCGAUUUACCCACAUCGACGCCAGCACAACCAACAUCCAGACAAUCAUUAACCGAUGACGAUGACGAUAAUGAAGACGACCAAGAAGAAAUUCAAAUGUACUUCGAUCCAGAAUCUUUGGAAGAUCCGGCAUUCUGUGAGUUGUCCGUCAUACAGCUCGUCGAAGAAGAUUAUCUACAUUUUCUCUCAAAUUUAUUCGGAUACAUUUGUCAUACUGAGAAAAUUAAUUAAGAAAUUCUGUUGAAAGUUUGUUACACAUCGUGAUGAUAUUGUCAUAUUGAAAUUAAACCAAAAGUCUUAGAAGCGAUAAAAUACGGUACUUUUUUUCAUUUGUAGUUUUUGAAUAAAAAGAAUGAAAAUAGGCUGAACGAA